UGUAAACAGCGCUGUGCGCGUCGCAGCGCUGGAGUCUAGGGGAGAGACAGGCUCAGGUUGUUGAGGCGCUGAACAAAAGAGGGUUUCAUUAAGUUUGCAAGCGAAGGACGGUUGUGACAGAGACAGGAGGAUAUUAAGCGUGUAACAGCAGCAAGUGUCAUCCUCCCAUCUCUCCCCUAGUUCUCUCAUGCAUGUAGACACUGUCAUCCAUUUACAAAUGUGCCUCCUUUAACAGUCCCAUCAGCAUAUAAUAAUCCAAGUUCUCAUUACCAAAGAGUGUUAACCACACACAUUAAACAAACAAGGAAUUGUGAAACGCACAAGGUGACAGUUCAAACACACAGGGAGAAAUACAUUUAUACAAGCAGCUAGUUCGUGCCGCAGAUAAAACAUAUCUAGAUUUAUUGUCACCAGCAUUUUAACAUUCCAAAACAAGUCAUAAUUCCCCCCAAAAAACAAAACGUUUCAACAGAGCCAUUAGUUGUCACAUAAACCCAUCAUGGCCUCUGUCACCAAAUCCUCCAACCCUGAGAUCCCAGAUAAUCACAAGGAUAGCUGGCUGGCUCUGCUUUCUACAGCUGAGGCUUACAGUCAGAAGUCUGGCUGUGAUUUGGCGAUUCUGACUGCAUACAAGAAGUUCCGUCCCUCCGGUGUUGAGGGUGAAGUGGGCAGAGUUCUGCCCUCCGGAGGCAGGAAGUGGGAUUAUGCCUACCAUGUUUGGGGACCAGGGGCACUGGCUGAGUCGUCACGGCGAUAUAUGGAUGACAUUGCAGUUCUGCACUCCACCACUGUACUGACGGCACAGAGACACAUACGUAGGAAUGUAGAAGAGGGAGGAGCCAAACUGGGUGUUGACAUGCCUUCUCAGAAGAUGAGCUUGACUGUGGAAGGAGUCGGCACUGUAAGUCCCAACAUGAGACUCUAUUCGCAGAGCUAUCCAUCAAUCUAUAGUGCGGGCACUGCCAUUGGCCAGCCAGCUGGACAGCAUGGAAAUGAAGAGCGGGAAAGAGAGAGAGCAGUGAUGGAAGAACAUGAGAAAGUGAGAGAAAGAGUGGAUAUUGUGGACUUGGAGGAUGAAGAUGAUGAUGAGGAAGAGGAUGAAGAAGAUUUGGAUGGAAGGAGACGUAACCUUAAUGAGUCAGCAGGAGUCUUCUCAAUGGAUGAGGAUUCCCUGUCCCGGGACUGCGAACCCUUCUUUGAGUCUGAUGGAGAAGAGGAGAGCACUGAUGGCUCUCUGAGUGAGGAAGCCCCUCCCCCUCCACGUGGCUUGGCAAUGGGUCACCUGGCGUCUCGCACUUCUCACUCCAUGGCAAUGGCACGUUCACUACCGGUGUCUGUACCAGUGUGGGGCUACAGGAACAACCAUGCCCAACAGGGUGACUCUCACAGUGGAGAACGGGUGGGCUGUGCAGAUCUGGAUCACAUAGCUGCCAGUAUGAAAGCCCUGCUGGUCCCAGGUGCCACCGAUGGAACUGAGAUGUUUGGAGCACUGCCACGACCUCGCCUUAACACAGGCGACUUCUCUCUUAAGCAAUGAGAGAGGGCCGAUGUUUGUAUGUAUGUUCGAGUGUGUGCAUGCAUGGGGAAAGAGAGGAUGACAACCUGUGAGCUUGUUUGUGUGUGUGAGUUAAUUGAGCAGAACUGGAGUUUAAAAGACACAAUUAAACAUGGUUUAGUGGAUGUUUUUAGCAAAAAAAAUUAUUGCCAAAUCUGAAGAUUCUCUUGCAUAUCUUAAGUAUUUCUAUUGUGCUGAAAGUGGCAGAACUUUUACCAAACAUUAUAUUCAUAUGAGAAGCAAGAUGAGAAGGGUUGAAUAGCAUGGUCUAAACAAACUUUUUGAUGGCUUGGACUGAAUGGUUGUGGCAGACCUUAGUUGUGUAGUGCAUUUCAUUAUGAGAAACACUAACAGAGCAAAUGUACAUUGAAUUACUUGUCACACCCAGUAACUGUCCUCUGCAGUGUGGGAUUUAUUGAUCAAAUAUGAACCUAUUUACCCACCGAGAUACACAUACAUCACCAGAGGAGCAUUGUACAUGAGCAAACACUACAUGUGCUUAAAGAUAUAUAUAUAUAUAUAUAUAUAUAUAUAUUACACUACUGCAUUCAGUGGUUAAUAUUCAUGGCAGGAUUGCCAAAGCUGACUAGAUGUUAAUGUGAAUGCUUACAAAUGAUGUCACACUCUGCCACACUCACCUGCAUUUAAAAUACUGUCCCGAAGACUUUCUGAAUCAAUGCUUUGUGAAGCAAAUGGACAAUGAGAGGAGACAGGUUCUUUCAGGGCUGUUGCUUGUAAAUGUUCUGACAUCAUUAAGCUUCAAAACAUGAAUGUUUGGGGAUAUCCACUGCAAAAAUGAAGUGCAUCUCUGCUAUUUAACUGAUGUGCUUGAACAGUGAUGAAGCAGAGAUGCCAAAUGUUGCAUUGUUGGAUAGUGUCAAGCUUCUCUAAAAAAAACCUUGCCAGAUUGAAGGAAUAAAGAUUUUAAAUAUAAGGGUUUACAACACUACAAAAGUAGCUAUGUGUCCAUUUUAAACAUUUCCCAACUGUUCAGUGUUUAGGUAAUGAGUGUUUUUGAAUAAACAAGUUGUUCGUUGUUGAA